AUGGCUUACCGUGCAGGAAUCAACGAAGAUAAUGAUUGCCCGAUCGAAGAGGUGCGCCUCACGGUUCUGACCACGGAUGACCCUUCACUGCCCGUCUUGACAUUCAGGACUUGGGUUCUUGGAAUUGUCUCUUGUAUUAUCCUCGCCUUUGUGAACCAAUUCUUUGGCUACCGCUCGAACCAGCUCUAUAUCUCGUCAGUUUCAGCACAGAUUGUUGUGCUUCCCAUAGGGAAACUGAUGGCUGCAACGCUCCCUUCAAAGCCAAUCCAGGUCCCGUUCACGAAAUGGUCGUUCUCACUGAACCCAGGACCUUUCAAUUUGAAAGAACAUGUUUUGAUCACUAUCUUUGCAAACUCGGGGGCUGGUGGAGUAUAUGCGCUGUCGAUAGUCACCAUAGUGAAGGCUUUUUAUCACAAAAAUAUUCAUAUCAUGGCAGCCUUCAUGCUAGCACAAACUACUCAGAUGCUUGGGUAUGGCUGGGCCGGUUUGUUCAGAAAAUAUCUUGUAGACUCUCCCUAUAUGUGGUGGCCGUCAAACCUUGUACAGGUCUCUCUUUUCAGGGCUUUGAAUGAGAAGGAAAGGAGACCCAAGGGAGGACUCACAAGACUCCAAUUUUUCCUCAUGGCUUUCAUAGCAAGCUUUGCUUAUUAUGUGAUUCCAGGCUAUUUUGUCCCUUCAAUAUCUGCCUUCUCCGUUGUUUGCUUGAUAUGGACUAAAUCGGUCACGGCCCAGCAAAUCGGCUCUGGCCUCCAUGGCCUUGGCUUGGGCUCGUUCGGCCUCGACUGGUCCACGGUCGCUGCAUUCUUGGGAAGCCCUUUGGCCUACCCAGCCUAUGCCAUCGUCAACAUCAUGAUUGGGUUCUUCUUGAUGGUCUAUGUCGUUCUCCCCAUUUCGUAUUGGUCCAAUUUAUAUGAAGCUAAACGGUUCCCCAUCGUAUCCUCCAACACUUUCGACUCAACUGGCCAAACCUAUAACAUCACUCGGAUCCUCAACGCCAAGGCUUUUGACAUCAAUAUGGAGGCCUAUAAUGGUUAUAGCAAACUUUACCUCAGCAUCAUGUUUGCAUUCACUUACGGGUUGAGCUUUGCAACCUUGACAGCUACCCUUUCACAUGUCGCCCUUUUCCAUGGAAAAUCAAUAUGGCGGAUGUGGAAGAAAACGACGGAAACAUUGGAGGGUAACUUUGGAGAUGUGCACACGAGAAUAAUGAAGGAGAACUAUGAAGCGGUACCUCAAUGGUGGUUUCACAUAAUCUUGAUUAUGAUGGUGGCACUUUCUAUGUGGACAUGUGAAGGUUUCAACCACCAGCUCCAACUACCGUGGUGGGGACUUCUGCUCGCAUGCGCUUUAGCACUAUUCUUCACUUUACCUAUUGGGAUAAUUACAGCCACAACAAACAUGAUGCCAGGGUUGAACGUGAUCACAGAAUUGGUCAUAGGGUAUUUAUAUCCAGGAAAGCCUCUCGCUAAUGUAGCAUUCAAGACGUAUGGAUACAUUAGUAUGACCCAAGCUCUCUCGUUUCUAUCAGACUUUAAGUUAGGUCAUUACAUGAAGAUUCCGCCCAAAUCAAUGUUUGUCGCGCAGUUGGUGGGGACUCUUCUUGCAUCAAGUGUCUACUUCGCGACGGCAUGGUGGCUUCUCACCACCGUAGAACACAUUUGUGACACGUCUCUAUUACCAGAGGGAAGCCCUUGGACAUGCCCUGGAGAUGAUGUCUUUUACAAUGCUUCGAUCAUCUGGGGAGUCGUCGGACCGCUCCGAAUGUUUGCAAAGUACGGGAUCUAUCCCGAGAUCAACUGGUUCUUCCUCAUUGGAUUCCUCGCUCCGGUGCCCGUCUGGUUCCUGUCAAGAAAAUUCCCCAACCAGAAGUGGAUUCUGUCCAUAAACAUGCCGAUUAUCAUAGGAGCUACACAGAUGAUGCCACCAGCAAGAGCUGUGCACUAUUUGACUUGGGGUGCAGUUGGAAUCUUCUUCAACUUCUAUAUUUACAAAAGGUUCAAGGGGUGGUGGACUCGGUAUAACUACGUUCUGUCAGCUGCUCUGGAUGCUGGACUCGCUAUCAUGGGAGUGCUGCUCUUUUUCACCCUUCAAUCAUACGACGUUUUUGGCCCAGAUUGGUGGGGAGCUAUGAAUGAUGAUCAUUGCCCGUUGGCUACUUGUCCUACAGCACCUGGAAUUGUGACGGAGGACUGUCCGGUUGUAAGAUAA